AUGCUCUUUUAUUCAUUUUUCAAGACUCUAAUUGGUCAUCAAGUGACUGUAGAAUUAAAAAAUGAUCUUGCCAUAACCGGUGUGCUCACUUCCGUUGACCAAUUCCUAAACAUUAAACUUGAUGAUAUCCGAGUUGUAGAUGAUGCAAAGUAUCCUCAUAUGAUGGCCGUCAAGAAUUGCUUUAUACGCGGAUCAGUAGUUCGUUAUGUUCAACUACCGGCCAGCGCUGUGGAUACAGCUCUGUUACAAGAUGCUGCGAGACGAGAAGCACAACAACCAACCACUGGAGGGGCCCACUCAAUCUCACGAUAA